CUAAAUUGCAGAACCAAAUGCUUCCCUCUAGUCUAUUGGAUCAAAGGACUUAGAAUGGAAAAUCAUAAACAAGCACAACCGUAUGAACUCUUAGUUGACCUAUUCCUGUUAAAACGAUUUGCUGGGCAUGCAGAUGACUUUCUUAAGCCUGUGUUCAUCGACAAGGGUCAGCAAGGGUUUGUUUUCCGGUUUGAACACAACAAGCGAGAUCUCUGCUUGAAGUUGUUAUAUGACUACCAAGCACCCUACACUGUCCAAGAAAGAACCUUGGCCUUCAUCUGCCCGUUUGCAUGUGAAGCACGUGCCUUUGCGCGUCUAUGCGAUUUGCACGAAAAUGGUCACUGGGCAGUGCAGUGUCAUGGGUGGAUGUAUCUGACUGAUUCCCAACUCCAGCAGCUUCAAAGAGUAAGUGGAAGAGAAAGGCAUGACCCAAGCUGGAAUAACGCCCGCUGGGCGAUUGUCAAAGUCUUCAUUGCAGGAGAGCCACCAAGCCGACAAGAUGAAGAGUUUCAGCAAAUCAUUUCAGACUUCGUCAUUCCGAGACGCGGUUAUAUUAUGCCCCAGGAUGUCAAGAAAGAUAAUUAUAGAGGUACAUUAAUCGUAGAUUUGGGGUCUACUUUCACCUUUCCAUUUUAUCGAUCCUAUGCAAGCCUGUACGAGUUCAAUGCCAUCUACAAGAGCAUAGAUGAAUAUGGAUUACCUUAUUGGGAUUAA